AUGGCUACGUUCACACCAGCUACAGCCCAGAAACUAGUACCUGGCUUAACUGGACGCCGUGACUACACCAUGGAAGAGGUCUAUUCAACAGCAACGGGUAAAUGCUUCACUUUCGAAGAAAGUCAAGAGAAGUCGGCAUCACACCGAGGCGGAAGCUUGUACCAUCUCCCCGAUUUGAAGUUCUCCAAGUGGUUAGAAGAUGACCUCGAGCUCACCCUCAUUCUGGCCGAGAAUUGGUUCAGGUUCUAUGACCUGAAUGACGACCGCAAACGCAUCCAGUACCUCAUUCACCAUAUGGAGGGAAGGGGCGCACGAUGGUUUAAGUCGAAGUUGCGUGUUGAUCCUCACCAGCGGGGAAACCUCUUUAGGGACUGGGAGUUUUUCGUUGAUCGACUCAAGGAAGUCUAUGCCCUCCCAGACCAGAGGUUCGAAGCGUUCGGCAAGAUCCAUCGACUGCGAAUGAAUAGCAACAAAGCAGGCAAGGCUACGGAGUACGUCGAGGAAUUCCGCGACCUAGCCAGUCUAGCUCACAUAGACACUCCGGCCCACCUUAUUUACCUCUUCAGAAAUGGUCUCACUGAAAACCUACGUAGAAUGUUCGAACGUGACCCGCCCGACAGCCUCUGGGACUGGUACCGAGAGGUCGAGUCAAUCGAUCGAGAUCGAGCACUAUCCGAACACGGACGGCGUGCCAAGGUCGCCAGUACUUUUCGUCCAACGCAGCCCACCUGGUCCUCACGCCGGAAAGUGCGCCGGCAGUUUUCCACUCCGCGUCAGCAGGAGAGGAGCAUCUAA